UAUCUAAAUCCGAUGGCGAGUAUCUGAGCAUCCGAUUCAGUCUUGUUUGGACCGUCGAGCAAUCGAGAACCGGAUUUCAGCGCUAGUCGGCGAAUCGCGAGAGCGUGCGUGUAUUUGUGUGUACGUGUGAGCGUUGUUUUGGGACACCGAUACGGAUACGGGUACGGAUACACGGAUAUUCGGCAGCGGUACGCGUUUAGCAAUCCGCCAACCGGUUGCAGCGGUGCUAGUGCACCUCCCUACAAAGAAGUGAAUAAUAGUAUGCAAAGUAUCUGAAAGAUCAAGAGCAGAGCAAAGUAUCUGUGUUUGUGUGUGCCGUGCUUUUGUGCGGAGUCGCCACCCCCGUGGAUUAGUGGCACCCUGCUGCAAAUAGCCCACCACUCUCACAAGUGUGUGUGUGUGUUAACAAUUAAUCGCAUUUAAACAACAAUUUGGCCAGCCGCAGUAGCAAUAACGAUAAUUCGGACGUGCCAAGGGUGCUUUUCAUUGGAUUUUUGCGUAAAAUCGAUAGUCAGAUAGACCCGCUCUCUACUGCCAACUUCACACAACCCGCUCAGCGGAAACACGGCAUACGGAAUGAAUAUGCCCAACGAACGCCUCAAGUGGCUAAUGCUGUUCGCAGCUGUUGCCCUCAUUGCUUGUGGUAGUCAGACCCUGGCUGCCAAUCCCCCAGAUGCCGACCAAAAAGGACCCGUCUUCCUCAAGGAGCCCACCAACCGCAUUGACUUCUCCAACUCCACGGGUGCAGAGAUCGAGUGCAAGGCCAGCGGCAACCCCAUGCCCGAGAUUAUUUGGAUCAGGAGCGACGGUACCGCCGUGGGUGAUGUGCCCGGAUUGCGUCAGAUCUCAUCCGACGGCAAGCUGGUCUUCCCCCCAUUCCGCGCCGAGGACUACCGCCAGGAGGUCCAUGCCCAGGUGUACGCCUGCCUGGCCCGCAACCAGUUCGGAUCCAUCAUCUCCCGGGACGUCCAUGUGCGAGCCGUUGUGCCACAAUCCUACACCGUCAAUGUCAUGGACGAGUCCAUACUCCGCGGCAAUAGCGCCAUCCUAAAGUGCCACAUUCCCAGUUUUGUGGCCGAUUUCAUAGUGGUCGAUUCGUGGGUGGAGGACGAGGAGCGAGUUAUCUAUCCCCAGGAGGAUAUCGCGGAAAGCGAUGGAAAGUAUCUGGUAUUGCCCUCUGGAGAGCUGCACAUCCGUGAGGUUGGACCCGAGGAUGGAUACAAGAGCUACCAGUGCCGAACCAAACAUCGUCUGACCGGAGAAACCCGAUUGAGUGCCACAAAAGGACGAUUGGUCAUCACAGAACCGGUCGGCAGUGUAAGUCCUCAGCUCAGUGGCAAUGGCAAUCAGGAGCACAUAACUCUCACUCGGGUUCCCAAGAUGGGUAGCGUUACGCUGAUGUGUCCGGCUCAAGCCUAUCCAGUGCCCUUCUUUAGAUGGUACAAGUUCAUCGAAGGAACAACCCGUAAACAAGCUGUGGUGUUAAAUGACCGAGUGAAGCAGGUCUCUGGUACUCUCAUUAUCAAGGACGCAGUAGUCGAGGACUCCGGCAAAUACCUGUGCGUGGUGAACAAUUCCGUGGGAGGCGAGAGCGUGGAGACCGUGCUAACCGUCACUGCCCCCCUAUCCGCUAAGAUCGAUCCCCCCACCCAGACAGUGGACUUCGGACGCCCCGCCGUAUUCACCUGCCAGUACACUGGAAAUCCCAUCAAGACCGUCAGCUGGAUGAAGGACGGCAAGGCCAUCGGACACAGCGAACCCGUGCUGCGCAUUGAAUCCGUGAAGAAGGAGGACAAGGGCAUGUACCAGUGCUUCGUAAGGAACGACCAGGAAUCGGCGGAGGCCAGUGCUGAGCUGAAGCUCGGAGGCCGUUUCGAUCCCCCCGUCAUCCGGCAGGCCUUCCAGGAAGAGACCAUGGAACCCGGACCAAGUGUGUUUCUCAAGUGCGUCGCCGGCGGAAACCCCACGCCCGAAAUUUCCUGGGAACUCGACGGCAAGAAAAUCGCCAACAACGAUCGCUAUCAGGUCGGACAGUAUGUGACGGUCAACGGAGAUGUGGUUUCUUAUCUGAACAUAACCUCGGUCCACGCCAACGACGGCGGUCUCUACAAGUGCAUAGCCAAGAGCAAAGUGGGCGUGGCUGAACACUCGGCCAAGUUGAAUGUGUAUGGACUGCCCUACAUCCGACAAAUGGAGAAGAAGGCUAUUGUUGCUGGAGAAACCCUGAUUGUCACAUGUCCCGUCGCUGGCUACCCCAUCGAUUCGAUUGUCUGGGAGCGAGAUAACCGUGCCCUGCCCAUCAACCGCAAACAGAAGGUCUUCCCCAACGGAACGCUGAUUAUCGAGAAUGUGGAACGGAACUCAGACCAAGCGACCUACACCUGUGUGGCCAAGAAUCAGGAAGGAUACUCCGCUCGAGGAUCUCUGGAAGUGCAAGUCAUGGUUCUGCCCCAAAUUGUGCCCUUCGCCUACGAGGAUCUGAUCAAUAUGGGCGACUCGAUAGAUUUGUUUUGCCAAAUCCAAAAAGGCGACCGUCCCAUCAAGGUGCACUGGAGUUUCGAGCGGAGCGCUGGAGACUACGGCUUUGAUCAGGUGCAGCCCCAGAUGCGCACGAAUCGCAUCAGCGACAAGACGAGCAUGAUCUCCAUUCCCAGUGCCAGUCCCGCCCACACCGGCCGGUAUACCUGUAUAGCCAGUAAUAGGGCUGGAACUACAACAUAUAGCGUUGACCUGACAGUGAACGUACCUCCCAGAUGGAUCCUCGAGCCCACCGAUAAGGCCUUCGCCCAGGGAUCCGAUGCCAAGGUUGAAUGCAAAGCUGAUGGCUUCCCCAAACCCCAAGUCACAUGGAAGAAAGCAGUUGGCGACACCCCCGGAGAGUACAAGGAUCUGAAGAAGAGCGACAACAUCCGCGUGGAAGAGGGCACUCUGCAUGUGGACAACAUCCAAAAGACCAACGAGGGCUACUAUCUGUGCGAGGCCAUCAAUGGAAUUGGCUCCGGUCUCUCGGCAGUGAUUAUGAUCAGCGUUCAGGCCCCUCCAGAGUUCACGGAGAAGCUGCGAAACCAGACCGCUCGACGAGGAGAACCCGCCGUACUCCAGUGCGAGGCGAAGGGCGAGAAGCCCAUUGGCAUCUUGUGGAACAUGAACAACAUGCGACUGGACCCCAAGAACGACAACCGCUACACCAUUCGCGAGGAGAUCCUUUCCACCGGAGUUAUGUCCAGUCUGUCGAUCAAGCGCACCGAGAGGUCCGACUCCGCCCUGUUCACCUGUGUCGCCACUAAUGCCUUCGGAUCCGAUGACGCCAGCAUAAAUAUGAUUGUCCAGGAAGUUCCGGAGAUGCCAUAUGCUUUGAAGGUGCUCGACAAAUCCGGACGAUCCGUGCAGCUGAGCUGGGCGCAACCCUACGAUGGCAACUCCCCUCUGGACAGGUACAUCAUUGAGUUCAAGCGUUCCCGUGCCUCCUGGAGCGAAAUCGAUCGCGUCAUUGUGCCCGGACACACCACAGAAGCCCAAGUUCAGAAGCUCAGCCCCGCCACCACCUACAACAUUCGCAUCGUGGCCGAGAACGCCAUCGGCACAUCCCAAUCCUCCGAAGCAGUGACCAUCAUCACAGCGGAAGAAGCGCCAUCCGGAAAGCCCCAAAACAUCAAGGUAGAACCCGUGAACCAGACCACCAUGCGCGUCACCUGGAAGCCACCACCACGCACCGAGUGGAACGGAGAGAUCCUGGGCUACUACGUCGGCUACAAGCUAUCCAACACUAACUCAUCCUACGUUUUCGAGACCAUCAACUUCAUCACCGAGGAGGGCAAGGAGCACAACCUGGAACUGCAGAACCUGCGCGUCUACACCCAGUACUCCGUGGUGAUCCAGGCCUUCAACAAGAUCGGAGCUGGUCCACUGAGCGAAGAGGAGAAGCAAUUUACGGCCGAGGGAACACCCAGCCAGCCACCCAGUGACACCGCCUGCACCACCUUGACCUCGCAGACCAUUCGCGUCGGAUGGGUGAGCCCACCCCUGGAAUCCGCCAACGGAGUGAUCAAGACCUAUAAGGUUGUCUAUGCCCCCAGUGACGAGUGGUAUGACGAGACCAAGCGGCACUAUAAGAAGACGGCCUCCUCCGACACAGUUCUCCACGGCUUAAAGAAGUACACCAACUACACAAUGCAGGUUCUGGCCACAACAGCCGGAGGCGAUGGAGUCCGCAGCGUUCCCAUUCACUGCCAAACUGAACCCGAUGUUCCCGAAGCACCCACUGAUGUAAAGGCUCUUGUUAUGGGUAACGCCGCUAUCCUGGUAUCCUGGCGCCCACCAGCACAGCCCAACGGCAUUAUCACCCAGUACACCGUAUACUCUAAGGCCGAAGGCGCUGAGACUGAGACAAAGACCCAGAAGGUUCCCCACUACCAGAUGAGUUUCGAGGCCACCGAACUGGAGAAGAACAAGCCCUACGAGUUCUGGGUGACAGCUAGCACCACCAUUGGCGAAGGCCAGCAGUCCAAGAGCAUAGUGGCCAUGCCCAGCGACCAGGUGCCCGCCAAGAUCGCCUCCUUCGACGACACCUUCACUGCCACCUUCAAGGAAGACGCCAAGAUGCCCUGCCUGGCCGUUGGAGCUCCCCAACCCGAGAUCACAUGGAAAAUCAAGGGCGUCGAAUUCAGUGCCAACGAUCGCAUGCGCCUUCUCCCCGACGGAUCGCUGCUGAUCAAGUCGGUGAAUCGCCAGGAUGCCGGAGACUACUCCUGCCACGCCGAGAACUCGAUUGCAAAGGACUCCAUCACGCACAAACUGAUUGUUCUGGCUCCACCACAAUCGCCCCAUGUCACACUCUCGGCCACCACCACUGAUGCCCUGACUGUCAAGUUGAAGCCCCAUGAGGGAGACACUGCUCCUCUGCAUGGAUACACCCUGCACUACAAGCCAGAAUUCGGAGAAUGGGAAACAUCGGAAGUGUCUGUCGACUCGCAGAAGCACAAUAUUGAAGGACUCUUGUGCGGCUCCCGCUAUCAGGUCUAUGCCACAGGAUUCAAUAACAUUGGAGCUGGCGAAGCUUCUGACAUCUUGAACACCCGGACCAAGGGACAGAAGCCCAAGCUGCCCGAGAAACCUCGCUUCAUUGAAGUGUCCUCCAACUCCGUGUCCCUGCACUUCAAGGCCUGGAAAGAUGGAGGAUGCCCCAUGUCGCACUUUGUGGUGGAGAGCAAGAAGCGCGAUCAAAUUGAGUGGAACCAAAUUUCGAACAACGUGAAGCCGGACAACAACUACGUGGUUUUGGACCUGGAACCCGCCACCUGGUACAACCUCCGCAUCACUGCCCACAACUCGGCUGGCUUCACUGUGGCCGAAUACGACUUUGCCACCCUGACGGUUACCGGAGGCACCAUUGCGCCCCUGGACGACGGAUCCGGCCACGGCAACGUGCACACCCGCAUCCGCCUGCCCGCCUGGAUGCCCGAGUGGCUCGAUCUCAACUUCAUGGUGCCCCUGAUCGCCACCGUGGUCGUGGUGGCAGUGGGCAUCUGCGUGGUGUGCGUGGCCCUUUCCCGGAGGCGAGCGGACGACAUGCGCGGCGGCCAGAAGGAUGUGUACUACGAUGUAGUUUACAAUCAGACAAUGGGACCCGGCGCCACCCUGGACAAGCGUCGUCCGGACCUGCGGGAUGAGCUCGGCUACAUCGCCCCGCCCAACCGGAAGCUGCCCCCCGUCCCCGGCUCCAACUACAACACCUGCGACCGGAUUAAGCGAGGCCGCGGUGGCCUCCGGUCCAACCACUCGACCUGGGACCCUCGGCGCAAUCCCAACCUGUACGAGGAGCUGAAGGCCCCGCCAGUGCCGAUGCACGGCAACCAUUACGGCCACGCCCACGGCAAUGCCGAGUGCCACUAUAGGCAUCCAGGCAUGGAAGAUGAAAUCUGCCCCUAUGCCACGUUCCACCUUCUCGGAUUCCGCGAGGAAAUGGACCCCACCAAGGCAAUGAACUUCCAGACCUUCCCCCACCAGAACGGACACGCCGGCCCAGUUCCCGGACACGCGGGCACUAUGCUCCCACCAGGACAUCCAGGACACGUGCACUCCCGCUCCGGAUCGCAAUCAAUGCCUCGGGCCAAUCGAUACCAGCGAAAGAACAGCCAGGGCGGACAGUCCUCAAUCUACACGCCAGCUCCCGAAUACGAUGAUCCCGCCAACUGUGCCGAAGAGGACCAAUAUCGUCGAUACACCCGCGUCAACUCGCAAGGCGGCAGCCUGUACUCCGGACCCGGACCCGAAUACGACGAUCCCGCCAACUGCGCCCCUGAGGAGGAUCAGUACGGUUCCCAGUACGGAGGACCCUAUGGACAGCCCUAUGAUCACUACGGUUCCCGGGGAUCCAUGGGACGUCGCAGCAUCGGCUCCGCUCGCAAUCCCGGCAAUGGGUCACCCGAGCCUCCACCACCACCACCACGCAACCACGACAUGAGCAACUCCUCAUUCAACGACUCCAAGGAGAGUAAUGAGAUCUCAGAGGCAGAGUGCGAUCGUGACCACGGACCACGCGGAAACUACGGAGAAGACUCCAACGAGGCAGUGAAGCGAUCUCCACAGCCGAAAGAUCAGCGCACCACCGAAGAAAUGCGCAAACUGAUAGAAAGUCGACGACAGUUAAACGAAACCGGCCCAAAACAACUCCAACUCCAACAAGCAAAUGGCGCAGGAUUCACAGCCUACGAUACUAUGGCAGUGUAAUUUGUAAGCGCCUCCAGCGGCGGUGGGCGUGGCAUUUUAGCUUAGUGUUUUAGGUGCAUGAAGUGCGUGGGAGUUGAAUGACACUCAGAGACACAGGACACACAGAUACACACAGACAGAUCAUCAGGACACAAGGAAAGAGAUAGAGAGAUAGAACGAGAGAGAGGGAGUUAUAUACCGCAUAUACACGUAAAAUAUUCAACUACUUCGAGUAAUUAUAGCGAAGGAAUGCAAGUUUCAAGAAACAUAUUUAUAUUGUCUAUGCAAGCAGCAAACCAAACAUACAUAAAGUAUAUAAGUACAUUCAAUGGAUAACUACUAUAAGAGAGUGCUGGAGGCACCAAAGGAAAUUACCCAAGUUAUUCGAGAGGAGCAGAAAACGAAAUCUCAAGAUCAAGAUCAUACUUACGUAUUCGAACUAAUUUUCAAUAAUGUACUUUAGUUUUAAGCGGUGUCUACCGAAAUAUCAGAGCAACAGCAACUGAGAUGGAUGCUUGUGUGUAAGAGGAGAUGAUUCGAAAUCUGUUUGUGUAAACUUUUGCCAUCUAUGCCAGGAGCAGAAAACUCAUCUUUGCCUAGCCUAAGUCAAAGUCAUAAUAUUAACUCGUCUAAUUGAUAUAUUUAGUCGUAACACAUGCGAAUCGUAUGAUUUCUUCCUAUGCAUUUUGUAAUUCGUAUGGACAGCGCACAUUUGGAGUUUUGUUUGCGUUUUGCGUUGACUUGUGAUGAUUGUUAAUUUACAGAGCCGUGUGAGUGGGUACCUAAAAUUGUGCCCAACACUCGCUCAGUUCUUUAUUUAGUUCGCCCUUAUUUUUAAUUCAAAAAUGCGCUUCCAACAGAACAAAUCGAAACUGUUCAAUGCACAAAUCGCAGCCACAACAAUUGAAUGUAUUAUACAAGAUCCCCAGGACACCCAAAACCCCAAACCCCAAACCCGAAACACAGAUACACUCAAGCACGAUUUAUUAAGCCAAUUCUGAUAUAGACCGUUCUGAACAUGAGUUAUACGCAUUUGAAGCUUUAAGAGAACCAGAAAUUGUUUAUUUCACUUCAUUUGAUCUAUCCUAAGUUAUUAGUUCAUAAGUUGCUAAAUAUAUGAUUUUGAUUUUAUUUAAAACUUA